AUGUCGAUCCCAUGCCCGCCUCCUCCGGGGGAGGGCGAGGACAUUUACAAAGGAAAGAAGAUUAUCAUCGGCGUUUGCGCGAUGCACCGGAAAGCGACGAGCAAGCCGAUGCGCGCGAUUAUGGGCCGGAUAAUUGAAAAUUAUAAGGAGUGGCUCGAAUAUUUUGUAUUCCCGGAAGAGGUGAUUGUAAACGAGCCCGUGGAAAGGUGGCCCCUCUGCGAUUGCCUCAUCUCAUUCCAUUCUACAGAAUUCCCUCUUCACAAAGCUAUCGCCUACCGGAAGCUCCGGAAGCCGUACGCCAUCAACGACUUGCAACGGCAGUACGAUUUGCUCGAUCGUCAAAAAGUUUUUGCGACCUUGGCCUACCAUAGAAUCUGCCAUCCCCGGCAUGGAGUCGUAAUCCGCGAUGGUGUUAGUGAUAAAAAUGACCUCGUCGAACACCCCGAUCACAUCGAAGUAAAUGGCAUGGUUUUCAACAAGCCGUUCGUCGAAAAGCCCCUCUCCGCAGAAGACCACAACAUCUACAUCUACUACCCGAGCAACGUGGGCGGCGGCAGCCAGCGGCUGUUCCGGAAGAUCAACAACCGCAGCAGCUGGUACUCCCCGAAAAGUGAUGUCCGAAAAGACGGGUCGUACAUCUAUGAGGAUUUCGUGCAAGCGGAUGGCAUUGAUGUCAAGGUAUAUGCGGUGGGCCCCUAUUAUGCGCAUGCAGAGGCGAGAAAAGCGCCGGGACUUGACGGAAAAGUGGAACGUGACGCUGACGGCAAAGAAGUACGCUAUCCGGUCAUCCUCAGCCACCGCGAGAAGAUGAUCGCUCGAAAAAUCGUGCUGGCUUUUGGGCAAACCGUCUGCGGCUUCGACUUGCUGCGCACCAACGGCAAAUCGUACGUGUGCGACGUGAACGGGUUCAGCUUUGUGAAGACGAGCACGAAAUAUUAUGAGGAUACCGCGAAAAUCUUGGGCAACACCAUUCUCCGGCGGUUGGCCCACAUUUUGUCGAGUCCGGUGCAAAUCCCUGUCUCGCUGCCACCGCUUCUAGAUUUGGGCCUUGGAGAUGAUCCACCCCUCGUCUCGACCCCUUCCGGAAAACUUAUGGAAUUACGCUGCGUUCUGGCUGUCAUCAGACAUGGUGAUAGAACCCCCAAACAAAAAAUGAAGGUGAUCCUGAUCGAGGUGCUCGAGCUGGUGCGCGAGAUUCUGCAGGAGCAGCAGUCUCAGCGCAACGACUUGCUGCACCAGUUGGAGGAGUGCGAGGAACGGGGAGAAUCAUCGCAGAAUGUGGAGCAAGAGCUGGAUCGCGUGGAGGACACUGUGAAGAAAUGGGACCAAAUGCGCUCGGUGCUCGAAAUGUACGGGCACUUCUCCGGCAUCAACCGCAAAGUUCAACUCAAAUACCUGAAGGCCCGCGAUGUCAAGAGUGGCGAAAGCAGCGAAGAAACGAAACAUCAAGCUCCCGCCCUGCUUCUAAUCCUCAAAUGGGGCGGCGAAUUGACGACAGCAGGAAAUCUUCAAGCCGAAGCCCUCGGCAAGCUGUUUCGCACGCUUUACCCAGGAAUCCGAAGGACAGACGGGAAAAGCAGCCCGGAAGAUACGCAAGGAUUGGGCUUUUUGCGUCUCCAUUCGACUUACCGGCAUGAUCUCAAAAUAUACGCAAGCGACGAGGGGCGAGUCCAGAUGACGGCCGCUGCUUUUGCUAAGGGACUUUUGGCUUUGGAAGGCGAGCUGACGCCGAUUCUGAUGCAAAUGGUGAAGAGCGCAAACACAGACGGGCUUCUGGAUGACGAUUUUAACGCGCGAGAUGUGCAAAACGAGCUGAAACACUAUUUACACCAGGCGUUACAGGUCGAUCGUGAUUGGUCCUACGAAGAUUUUGAAGCGCUCAACCCUAGUGGACUUAAGUCGAUACAGGCUGCUAUGGAAUUCAUCAAGAACCCGAAGAAAAUGUGCCACGAGAUUGCCGACUACGUGAAACGCAUGUGCGAUGUCGUCCAAUUACACAAGCAAACGAAGCCUCAACGAACGUUGUACCUCAACGAAUCCUGGGAUCUGUCGGAACGGCGGUGGCGCAAGGAACUCCGCGAAUUCCAGCGCCCGAAUAAGAACGGGGGGUUUGAGUACGACAUCAGCAAGAUUCCGGAUAUCUAUGAUAAUAUUAAGUACGACAUGGAGCACAACCCGGAGCUGUGCGACAACAUUGAGGGCGAGUUCGAGCGCUUUUACCUGUGCGUGAAGGCGAUGGCCGACAUUGUUGUGCCUCAGGAAUACGGCAUCAAGGUGGAGAACAAGAUCCACGUGGCGCAACGGGUUUGCACGCCAUUGGUGAAGAAGAUACGCAACGAUCUGCAUAGAUGUAUCGCUGAUCAGGAGGAGGAUGAGAGUCAGACGAGACUGGAUCCGCGAGCAUCACAAGGCAUCGCUACACCCCUACGACAUGUUCGGACACGCCUCUACUUCACCAGCGAAUCCCACAUCCACACACUGAUGAACCUCAUCCGAUAUGGAGGGUUAUGCUCGGUGGACGACAAAAAGUGGCAACGCGCCAUGAGUUUCCUAUCGACCGUCACCGAGUUCAACUACAUGACCCAGGUCGUUCUAAUGGUGUACGAGGACAGCUCGCAGACGGGCGGCGAGCGCUUCCACAUCGAGCUGCUCUUCUCGCCCGGGCUCUAUCCGUGCUUUUUGACCGAAAAGGAACGCAUCUACGAGACGCGCUUCAACUCAAAAUCGAGCAGCAUGAAGAAGAGCGAGUCGAAGGACGAGCCGUCGCUCAACUUGACUGGGACGGCGCGUUCGGAUUCGAGGAGCGAGAGAUCCUCACCAAUCAUGCCCGCCACCACCCUCACCAAUCUGAACGUGCCGACGACCUCGGAGGACACCGUUUCCGUCGCUUCAACGAGUAAUGCUACCGCUCAAGGUCUCGUCGUGCAAGCCCUCUCCAAGCCGCCGGGCCCCGAUUCCGAGGAUGACCUGAAUGACGGGGAAGCCGUCAAUCUGGUCGCCCUCGACGAGGUCACCAACAAGCAAUAUGUGGCCAGCGAGAAGGAGGCGAUCAGGAAGGGCACCAAGGGCAGCGGCUCCGAGAAGGCCAGUGAAGAUGGGGAUGUGCCGAAGGAUAAGGAAGACUGGAACAAAACGUGGCAAUCCCGUGGUGAGCGCAGCGGCAGCCAGCUGAGCAUCGGCGAUGACCCCGACAAUCAGUGUACGAUCGGCCCCGGAAAGGGCAAAUGGGCGAAGGACCUUCUCGACGAAGCCAAGAAGGCCAUCCAGGCCAUCAAGGAGGAGGAGGAGCCCCCAAAGUCCGCGCGCCGCUCCCGGUUCCCCUACCGCUUCAAGCAUCACACCGUCAACCUGCUCAGCGACGCGGCCGCCGUCGAGAAUCGCCUCAUCUCCACCGACGUGUUGAUGGGCCGCCUCGACGACAAGGACAAAAAGAAGCCGCUUGGGAGCUUCACCAACACGGCGGUCCUCUCGACGGCCGUCAUCGCCCGCUCGUCCAGUGCUCCUCGUCUACAGACGUACCGGGCCGAGGAGGAGAUCCCCGUGGCUGAAAUCAAGCGCUUCUGGCCGCCACUACGCUCGCUGGAGACGCUGCACGACAGCAUCUCGUUCGACCAGUUCGACCAGUUCCUCGGCUCGCUGCUCAGCAAGACGACCCCGCUGCCGUCACCGCCCAAGACGCCGCUGCCACAGGAGCCCGUCGGCGACGCGUCCACCCCGACUGCACCGUUUCCGGAUACGGAUUCUAGCCGGACA